UCCCUUCUCCCCACUUCUCCCCCUUCCACUCUGUUUCUCUCUGCUCUUCCUCCUUCUCCCCUUACCUCCUUCCCUUCCCUUCCAUAGCUAUCCAACCCCACUCUGCAUGGCGUGCCUACCCGGCUGACUGUCCAUCGAGGUCACAGGCCGCUUUCUCAGCCUGAGGAGAACAACCCUGGCCAGGGCCAGCAGGAGGAAAUCCAGGCAGUGAUUAUGCAGCUGAUACAAAUUGGGGACAGUGUCCAUCGCAGAAUGACUCAAGAGGACCCCGGGGAUGUGCUGCCUCCUUUGGUGGAGGAGAUGUUUUUCAUGAGAGGAAGGGUGCUGCUGCGAUUUUUCUGGAACAACCAUUGGCUGUAGAGGACAGACAGACGUAUAAGCCCCGCCCUCCGGCUGCUUCCCAAGGGGCCUGCAGGGGGCCUGCUGCGGUGCCUGACCCUCUCCAGCCCUCCCGUGUCUUUGCUGGUUUGCUGAACUGCAGGCUUGAUGCCCAGAGCCCACAGAUGGUGGGGACAGCCUCCAGAGCCUCCUGGUGAAGCCGAGAAGUCAGGAGCCUGAGAGGCCUGACCACACAGAGAACUCAUGAGGGAAUCCAUUGUGAACUUUUCCACAAAUCUCUGGGGCCUCCCUCUGGCUCGGCCUGUGGGAUUCAUUUCCUCCUUCUCUAUUUCUUUCAUCUUUCUUCUUUUGAGGUUUUGUCUGUCUCAGCCCUUCCCACCUUUUAAAAGAAUUUCUCAUCCUAAGAUGGUUUGUUAGUAAUCACAAGUUCUAUGUAUGUACAUUUUG